AUGUCGAAGUAUCUUCUUGAUCUCACCAACGAAUUUUCCGGGCUCCGGGCUCUCGUGACUGGCGGCUCCCGCGGUAUCGGUGCAGCGGCGGCGCAGCGCCUGAUUGAUGGCGGCGCGAAGGUCGUGGUUACAGCCCGCAACUCCCACGAAGAAACACCAGUAGGCGCCAUCUUCGUAGCGGGUGAUACCCGUACAAAAGAAGGCGCAGCAGCUGUAGGGCACGCCGCGCUUGAGGCUUUGGAUGGCAGGAUCGAUAUCCUGAUCAACAGCGUCGGCGCGGCUCGGCUUCAUGCCAGCCUGGAAGCAAUUCCCGAUGAUGAAUGGAUCGACUCGCUGAAUAUCAACUUCCUGGCAACUCUCCGGGUGACGGCCGCAGUGCUGCCGGCAUUGAAGCAGUCGAAGCACGGCGCUAUUGUGAACGUGUCGGCCGGUGGCCUGGUUCCAUUCGCAGGCGCAAUGGCGCAUUACGGCGCGGCCAAGGCAGCGCUGAACAACUACUCCCAGGGCCUGGCUAAGGAGCUCGCGCCGCUGGGCGUUCGUGUCAACAUCGUGACGCCCGGCCCAAUCUACACACCCGGCGGCGAUGAGGUGCGCAAGCAGAUUACCACUGCCAUGGGCAUCACCGACCAGCAGUUCAUGUCCACGGUACCACUGCAGGGCCGGGGAGGCAAGUCGGAAGAAUUGGCUGAGGUGAUCGCCUUUCUCGUUUCCGAUCGCUCAUCGUAUGUCACCGGCCACAAUCACUUCGUCACCGGCGGCUGGGGCGAACUGGUCUGA